ACGAACGUCAGUUUGAGUUCGUACACCGCGGCGGUUGGUAGCUUUGUACAAUAGUUCCCGCAUUCGAAUCAUUUUCGGAUUACCGUUUCGGGAGUAGUACAUUCCAUACUGCAAAUUACGAGAGUGUGUGCGUGCGAAGGCGUGUAUUUAACAGUGGCAGUGUUUGUGCCAACAGCAUCAGCAGCAGCAACUGAGCACUGUGCAGUGCUUUAUUUAUAAUUUUUAAAGUUGCAUCCAGGAAAAGAUUACGCAUAGAAUUCCUGUUCCGAUGUGUACCGUUUAGUGUGUCAAGUAGUCUACAAUGCAUCUUAUAUUGGGAUUCGUGUGGGCACUAUGCUUCGGCUGCGGAAUACAGUUUACAAAAGCAGAAUAUUACCAAAAAGAUUCCUACUCCGAGUACAACUGCAACGAACCGCUGCUGGAGUAUGCCAAGCUUUCCGCCACAUCACAACUACGGGAACGGGGGCCGGAAAAUGCCCGACUGAAUGCUCGGUCGGCGUGGACACCGGUCGAGAAUAACUACUUCCAUUUUCUUACCAUCGAUCUGGGCGGGCGGAAGAUGGUCCGCAAGAUUGCGACCGCCGGCAGGGCCACGACCAACGAGUGCGUCACCGAGUACAUUGUGCAGUACUCGGAUGACGGCGAAAUGUGGCGGUCGUUCACCGAAAGCAGCGGCGAGGAGCAGCUCUUUAAAGGCAACAAGGAUGGUGACACUCCCCGACACAACUCGUUCGAAGUGCCAAUCAUUGCCCAAUGGAUCCGAAUCAAUCCGACACGCUGGCAGAACCGUAUCUCGCUUCGCGUUGAACUUUAUGGAUGUCAUUACGAAUCCGACAACGUCUAUCUCAACGGAACCGGUCUGAUACGGUACGAUUUGCUACGGGAUCCGAUUGCGGCUGCAAGAGAAACAAUACGGUUUCGUUUCAAGACUGCUCAUGCAAACGGCGUUCUGUUGUAUUCUCGAGGAACCCAGGGCGAUUAUUACGCUUUACAGAUCAAAAACAACCGAAUGGUGCUGAAUCUAGAUUUGGGUUCCAGAAUUAUGACUUCUCUAUCGGUAGGAAGCUUACUGGAUGAUAACAUCUGGCAUGACGUGGUCAUCUCGAGAAAUCGAAGAGACAUCAUGUUCAGCGUGGAUCGUGUGAUUGUUGAGACAAGAAUCAAGGGAGAGUUUGACAAGUUGAACCUGAAUCGUGCGUUCUACAUCGGAGGAGUUCCUAACAUGCAGGAAGGGCAAAUUGUGCAUCAGAACUUCACCGGUUGUAUCGAAAAUCUGUACAUCAACGCAACCAACUUCUUCCGGCAGAUGAAGUAUGCUUACGAGGUGGGUGACCACCUACGUUAUAACAAAAUUCAUGUCACAUAUAACUGUCCGGAACCGCCGAUUAGUCCGGUAACGUUUUUGACACGUGGAUCGCAUGCGCGGCUAAAGGGUUACUACAGUGUUCGACAAUUGAACGUCAGCUUCGCAUUUCGAACAUACGAAGAAAAGGGAAUGAUGUUACAUCAUGACUUCUUACAAGGUUCAGUCAAGGUGUUCCUGGAGGAAGGUAGAGUAAAGGUUGCCUUGAAGACCACCAAUGAACCGUUUGUGUUGCCCACGGUUUUGGAUGACUACGACGAGCAGUUUAACGAUGGCAAUUGGCACACACUGAUGCUAGCAAUCAAGAAGAACAAGUUGAUUCUCAGUGUCGAUGAGCGUCCGAUGGAGACAAUCAAGGCUUUCGCAAACAAUGGCUCAGGAAUCGAUGGCAGACUCUUGGACAUUCUUACCGGUGAGCUGUACUACAUUGGAGGCGGCAAGACCAAGGACGGCUUUGUGGGCUGUAUGAGAACUAUUAUCAUCGAUGGCAACAUUCGGCCUCCAUCGGACUGGAAGGAAGAGGAGUACUGCUGCAAGGGUGAGAUGCUGUUUGAUGCGUGCCACAUGAUCGAUCGAUGCAAUCCGAAUCCGUGCAAACAUAGUGGCGUGUGCAGGCAGAACUCGUUGGAGUUUUCGUGUGACUGUGCGGGAACUGGCUAUGCUGGAGCAGUUUGCCACACGUCAUUGAAUCCGUUAUCAUGUCAGGCGUACAAAAAUGUUAACGUAGUUCAAUCGAGAACUACGAUCAACAUCGAUGUGGAUGGAAGUGGACCUUUGGCACCGUUCCCUGUGACCUGCGAGUUCUACAGUGAUGGUAGAGUUAUUACUGUGCUAAGCCACAGUUCGGAGCAUACGACCAGAGUGGAUGGUUUUUCGGAGCCGGGGUCAUUUGAGCAAAAUAUUAUUUACGAAGCAGAUCUUCCACAAAUCGAGGCAUUGCUGAACCGCUCGCAGUCCUGCUGGCAACGAUUGAACUAUGCGUGCAGAUCAUCGAGGCUGUUCAACUCACCGUCUGAUGCGGAAACUUUCCGACCUUAUUCGUGGUGGGUCUCUCGGAACAAUCAACCCAUGGAUUACUGGGCCGGUGCGUUACCGGGAUCGAGAAAAUGUGAGUGCGGUAUUAUUGGCAACUGCAUUGAGCCUACCAAGUGGUGUAACUGUGAUGCAAACAGUUUGGAGUGGCAAGAAGAUGGAGGAGAUAUUAGAGAAAUGGAACAUCUUCCCGUGCGAGCACUCAGGUUCGGCGAUACGGGUACUCCACUGGAUGAAAAACUAGGUCGCUACACACUGGGUCCGUUGAAGUGUGAGGGUGAUAAUUUGUUCAACAAUGUGGUUACUUUCCGCAUCAAGGAUGCUACCAUCAAUUUACCACCUUUCGAUAUGGGCCAUUCGGGUGACAUCUAUUUUGAGUUCAAGACGACUACGGAGGAUGCGGUUAUCUUGAAUGCCAAAGGACCUACAGAUUUCAUUCGUUUGAUUAUCGUCGGCGGAAAAAAACUUCUUUUCGAAUAUCAAGCUGGCACCGGGACACAGAAAGUUUACGUGGAAACGAGCUACCGCUUGAGUGAUAAUCGAUGGCAUUCGGUUAGUGUAGAACGAAACCGGAAAGAAGCUCGGCUUGUCGUGGAUGGAUCGAUUCGGGCGGAGGUUCGUGAGCCACCAGGUCCGGUACGUGCAUUGCAUUUAACGUCGGAAUUGGUAGUCGGUGCUAACAUCGACUAUCGGGAUGGAUAUGUUGGUUGUAUUCGUGCUUUCCUGCUUAACGGAAUUCAUGUAGAUCUGAAAUCUUAUGCUGAACGUAAAUUGUACGGUGUGUCACCGGGAUGCGUAGGUCGGUGUGAGUCCAGUCCCUGCCUGAACAACGGAACAUGUGCCGAAAGGUACGAUAACUUCGAAUGCGACUGUCGUUGGAGUUCGUUCAAGGGACCCAUUUGUGCUGACGAAAUCGGAGUCAACAUGAAAGCCAGUUCGAUGAUAAAGUAUGAUUUCCAAGGUGCGUUCCGUUCGACGUUGCAUGAAAGGAUUCGAGUUGGAUUUACCACCACCAUACCUAAAGGUUUUCUGUUGGGUUUCUUCUCUAGCCAGUCUAAGGAAUAUUUGACGAUUAUGAUUUCGAAUUCCGGUCAUUUACGAGUGGUGUUCGAUUUUGGUUUCGAGCGGCAGGAGUUAAUAUAUCCUACGAAAAAUUUUGGAUUAGGUCAGUAUCAUAACGUUAGAUUCUCGAGAAAGAACGGCGGAGCAACGGCUGUACUGGAGGUGGACAACUACGAGCCGAAAGAAUAUCACUUCGAUAUUAAGGAUUCGGCGGAUGCGCAAUUUAACAAUAUCGAAUACAUGUACAUUGGCAAGAACGAGUCGAUGAAGGAUGGUUUUAUUGGCUGUAUUUCAAGGGUGGAGUUUGAUGACAUUUAUCCUUUGAAGUUCCUGUUCCAGGAAAAUCCACCAGCGAACGUGAAGUCUUUGGGAACUCCAUUGACGGAAGAUUUCUGUGGUGUUGAACCGGUUACUCAUCCGCCCAUUGAAAUUGAGACACGACCGCCUCCAUUGGUGGAUGAGGACAGACUGCGUGAUGCGUACGGUGUUGACACUGCUAUUUUAGGAAGUGUCCUGGCAAUUAUUUUCCUUUUGUUGGUCAUUAUGGCCAUCCUGAUUGGACGCUACAUGAACCGCCAUAAGGGUGAAUAUCUGACGCAGGAGGACAAAGGAGCGGAAGCAGCUCUUGAUCCGGACGAUGCAGUUGUGCAAUCGGCGACCGGUCACCAGGUGACCAAACGACGAGAAUGGUUUAUUUAAUGUCUAAGGUGUUACGUGCCUUUCGGUUGGAUUAACAGACCCAAUUCAACGGGAGCACUCCAACAGAAGAGGAUACCGACGAUGACGACGAUCACUGCGACUACGGUUCAGACAAUGCAAACGAGAAUCUCAACAGCAGCUGUAAAUAAUGUGUUCAACACGCGUACAUUUUCUAUUUUGCAGCCCGAAUAGUAGCUAGUAACAAUCCUUAGUUUAUUUUUAUCUCCGUGUUCUUGGUAUCCUUGUAAAAAGUAACCUUCGACUUGUUCAUUCUGAAAAUCAAGUCUGCGAACCAAACAGAAACGGUCUUUCACAUCACUAAUCAGGUUGCAUGUUGUAAUAUCAGGAAGUUACUAAUUGCUAGCCGUGACCUCCACUGUGCCAAGUGCACUGAACUAUUUUGAAGGGAUAAAUAACUGCAUUUAGAAGACAGCAUUUUUUUUCCAGUUGAGUGGACUACUCGUAGAGGAGGUUACUAGUUUAAUUUGCUUGUACUACUGAAAUAGCGGAAUGCAUUUGGAUUGUUUCUUAUUGAACAGAGAAAAAACAAAAGAUUUUUUAUUGACUUUACCCGUCCAUUAUCGUACUUUUAGUUGCUUUUAUGACCAUACGUUUAACAUAGUUUAGUUCGUAAGAUAAACCUUAGUUCAAAAUCAGUUUGCAAGACGAUUUAAUGUACCGGAUCCGAGACGAGCGUGAGACAAAGCUCCAGGACAUCUUAUCUAGCUGUUAGAAAUGCGUUAGUUUUUAUAGAAUCUUACUCGUUUUUUUAGACAGUGAAUCUUUCUCAUAAAACAUUAAAGAAAGAAAUGCUAGCAGAAUGGUAGCGUUUCAAAAUAGUUUGAUUCUUCCAAAUUACUACGGUAAAUGAUUAAAUAACAGAAGCGAAAAAAGUCGAGUAGUUUACAAACGAAGCUAUAAUGUAAGACAGUGUAUAUAGAUUUUGAAAUACAAAUAAGAUACCUGGA